UUGUAUACAUAUUUUAAACUAUGUGACAAUGUUAUUGUCAUAAUUAUUUUAAAUUCAGUCAUUUUAUGGUACAGAUUUUGAUAUUACUGUAUAUAUCCUGUAAGUAUUUACAAUUACAAAUUGGCUUGUAUCAAACAAUAAAGAUUAGGUGAACCUAAACCAGUUUUCAUUGCCACUAACAUCACAGUAAAAGUAGAUGCAGCAUUUACUUCAUAAAAAUCAGCUUCUUGGAUUAUUCUUCUAUGAGAUUAGCAGAAUGUGAAAAGUAAGAUUUAUAAAAAGUGUAUGUAUUAGAUAAUUAUAAUUCCAUAAUGAACUAAAAAUUAGUUGCCAAGGUAACACAUACAUAAACACAAACACUUGUUUUUGUGCUAGCAAAAUUAUUGUGAAAUCUAUUUAAAAUAUUUGUGUGUGUUGACAGUAUAACACUUUUUUAAGUCUGUGAUUUUUAAAGUCUAAUUUCUUAAUCAAUGAGUGGUAUUAUUUUGAAUUUGAUCAAUUCAUGAUGUCGGAUAGUGAAGAUGAAGUUGAGAGUGGCACAGUGAAGAUCACAAUUCUUGGUGAACCAUCUACAGGCAAAAGUAGUUUAUGCACACGUUACUUGGGCGCCAGCGCUGGAGUAGUCGGUGGGGCGGGCGGCACGCAGGGCGCGGAGGUGCUGGCGGGCCAGUGCGUGGGCGUGCGCCCCGCCGUGCCGCUGCAGCUGUGCGACGUGGCCGGCAACGCGCUCGCCACCAAUAUGCUCACUAAUUACUUGUAUGCUUCAGAUAUUGUUUUAUUUGUUUAUGAUUUAACAAACUUACAAAGUUUUGAGAAGCUAGGCACUUGGAUAACUAAAGUUAAGGAAAUUUUUGAACCAGAGACGAAGAAGCCGUUGAUGGCCAUAUUUGGGAAUAAGUCUGACUUGGAGCACCAGCGCGCCGUGAGACUCUCCUGCGUCCAAAAGUUCGCUUCAGAGCAUUUGUUGGAAAAUUUUAAGGGUUCUGCAAGAACUGGCGAAAUGGUGAACAACACCUUUACAAACCUGGUUAGUCGUCUUCUAGGAGUGAAGGUGCGGAAGUAUCCGCCCGUGAUGGUGAAGGGCAAGUCGCCGGUACCGAGGGACUCUGAGAGGAACGGCCGCACUCCGCAACCAUUGCAAACGCCCGAGCCCACCCAGUCGCUCAUUAUGAACAGAAAGGCAUUAAGGACUAUUCAGAGACGGGCUUCAUCAACCGUUUGCUGUAUACAAUAGUCAAAAACUAAUAAAAUUGAAACGUUA